GAUUUUCGGCAGUUAAUAUUUGUAUCUUCACAUAUAUUUAUUUUCUUUUCCAGCCGGAGAGACGCUGUUUCAGUGCAACAUGAUAGAAUAUUUCUCCGAGGAAGUCUACAAUCCUGACCCUAAUGAUUCGUCCCAAGCAAUACCAUAUACAGUGACUAAGUCUAUUGUGUUCAUCCUACUCGGCAGCAUAUUUGUCGUAGUUGGAUAUAUUUUCUGUAUAUUGGGACAGUGCAUGGAUCAUAAAUCAAGAUUCACGUUGUUGUCAGGAGUCAUUUUUAUACAAACUGGUCUGGCGAUGCUCUGUGGCCUGAUCAUGUACAUCGCCGUCUUCAAAGCGGAAGUGGGCAGCAAACUGCGCCCCAAAUCCCACCUGCAACCGCCCACCUUCUCCUACGCCUACGGCUACUCCUUCUGCGUCUACGUCACUGCCGUCGUCUGCGUCAAGCUCACCGGCGUCUGCAGCGUCUUCCUCUACAUCUACCGCGUGCGCUACGAACUACGGCGCAAGCGCGCCAUCGGACCUCCACCUGUUGCGCUACCUGUUGCGCCACCUGUUGCCGCGUAUCGCCUAGGCAACGGGCAAGCGGGGGGUUUCUACCCGUGCAAGAGGCACCCGGAGGCUUACGUGGACACCAACAGCGCGUUGCGGUACCCCAGACCGCGCCAGGUGUUCCAGCAGAACCACUCUGGGGGCCAUCGCUGCAGCGUCCACCACAAUCUCCAUCAAACUAACUCCUUGAGGGACGUUUCUUUCUUCCACGGGUUUCCUCCUGAGCCUCCUGUGGUACCUUUUCGCUUUCCGCACCAUUUCAGCACCGAUGAUCUGAAAGUUUACGGUAGUUUGCCGAGAGAUAUGACUGCUAAUACGGUUAGUACCACGGUGGAGUACUUUGAUGGGGAUUAUUCGCCGAACGAUCGUGAGCAGGAGUUUUUGAGGUUCGAUCUUGAGAUUCCGGCGGCUUUGGAGAUGAUUCCUACGAGUGGUUCCGAAAGGAACUUGUACGAUAUUGAUACUUUGCGAAGGACUACUCCCGUUUAA